AUGUCAUCAGUCAUGCGCGAUCCAACUCCACCUGUGCCAUCGAUAUGCAAGUCAACAUCAUCCCUCCGUGAUUCCGAUUCACCACCUCCAUCGUGUGAUCCCGCGCUACCUAUACACAAAUCUACGUCAGCAACACAUGAACCCACGCCACCCGCACGCGAACAGUCACCGCUGCCUCCUCCAAAGGUAAAGAUGUCCCUAAAGGACUUUGCCCUGCGGAAGAAGAAGCAGCGGGAAGAAAUGGCGAAGGAGCGGGAGCGGGAGUGUGAGUCGCCUGGUGGGCUGGGUAUGGGGUCGCUAGAGGAAAGCGGGGACGAAGGGAUGCAUGUGGAUGAGGAUGGUGCAGAUGAACGGCUGGGGGGGGAUUCCGAGGGGACGGACCAAGAGCGUGAAUUGGAAGUGACCAUGUCUCCCGUUGCAUCCCCGAGAUCUGUUCGUAGCAUGGAUAACGCUCAUCCUGACGGCCAGCUUGCAGAAUCCGUUUCUCUUGUGGCCAAGAUCGAGAUACUGGAGACUUCUAUGCCCAAUGGACUUGUGGGUGCCUAUGAUAGGGCAUCGCCAUCUGCGCCGGACCCACCUCCACCUCCAUUGCGCCAGCAGACCAAGGGCACAGAAAGACAACCAUCACCCAAAACUUUUUCGUUACCCCUACCCCCUUCCGCUCCGGCUUCCUAUUCUCUUAGACCCUCUCACGAAGAUGGUGAAAUCACAAGUGCCUCUCCUCCAAAGUCAUCGCAUUUCUUUCCCCGAUCUUACACCCCUCCAACCCAGCCCCGCUCAUUUCAGACCUCGCAUCCCUCGUCUCCUAAUUUUACCCAUGUCACAUCCACAUCCACCGCGUCAUCUUCAGCUUCCUGGCGCGGCCCACCUCCGCUGACAAGAACACCCUUGUCCAGCACUCCUUCCUUGAAUGGGCCUUCGCGCCCCUUACCCAGUGGGCCACGGGCACUGAGAGUAAGCAGUCAAUCAUCCCAUCCACCGACAUAUUCUUCUCCCAGUAGCCGCGUGUAUACCGGUUCGCAAUACAUUCCUCGUGGACCGUCUGCUGAUCGUGAUCGUCAUGACCGUGAUCGUCUUGAUUGGGAACGAGAGCGUGGGUGGGCGCCACGAUCGCGGGGACGUACGGGAAGCAGUGGCUGGGGUCGAUAA